AUGGAGUGUUUGGGAGGUGUCAGCAGGUACCGGUGAUAGAUGUAUACAAAUACGAAGUUUCACCACCUACCCUCCAGCGCUUGAAAAUGAUCUUAGAGAAGCUGUUGCACAGAGGUUUUACAUGGCAAGAUGAUUAUACACAGUACAUUAUUGCACAUGAACUCUCAAAUCUUCAUAAGAUCCAUGACUGGCACCCUGAGACAUUCUCAUCUGAAGAGUCUGCUUUACGAAGGACUUCAAAGCAAAGUUCUGAAAGCAACAUGAAUUUAGGCAUGGAAAAGGAUGUGAACUUUGCCAAGUCUCCUCAGGAAUACCUUGCCUACCUGGAUAUUCUCUCCCAGUCUGCAAAUCCAAAUUCAUAUUCAAGGAUAAAGACCAACAAAGCCUCCAUUAAGACUGAUAACAUCCCACCUAAAAACAUGAUCAACUACAUGGUGCAGAAUUCUAAAGGAAGAACGUCAACUUUGACUCACCCAGCAGCAGCCCACCCAAGUUACAUUGAAAACUUCCCAGGAAGAACCUUCAGUCAUCCACAAAUGGAUAAAUUCCCCAUAAAGCCCGAAGAACAAUUUGACAGAAAGGCCCUUUUGGCGGCAUUAAAUGCAUAUAUCACUCAGAAGGUGGAAGCAAAACACCUUGAUGGAAGUUCGUCUGUUAGCAGGACUAAAGAGUCUUCUUCCUAUAGGUUCAAGCCUCCUCAGAUUGACCAGCUGGAUGGAACACUGUUCAAAGAAAAUACAGGAGAUUUUGAAAUGAGGCCACCAUUCUUACGGAGACCUGGAUCUGCACUGGCAUCUGGUUCUGCCCAGAGUGAUUUGAGGCUUCCUCUAACUCCUGUAGAUGAAAUAUUUAUUCAAGACGUUCUGAGGGACCUGAUGAAAUAUCAUGUGGAUGUAGAUAAGCUGAGCCCACUGGAGCUGGAUGAGAUGGCUGAUAUCAUUGCUGAUGCGAUUCAAGCUGUUGAUGUUGAUGAAGAAAGAAAAAAUGCCAUUGGGAAGGUUGGAGGAGAGAGAGAAGAAAAGGGUGUGGAUUCAGAAGGGAAAGAAGAAGAUUAUGAAAUGAAAUUAAUGAGUAAAGGUUAUCACAUGCAAGAUGCAGGAACACAGAAUAAAGAUGCCACAGCUAAAAAAGAGGACAGCCAUUUGGGUACAAAACUACUUGAUUUCCUGAAUGAGAAUUUGGCAACUGGAAAUCUGCCUAAAGAGCCUUUGUCCAAAGAGAUGUUUAAAACAGAAAUAAAGAAAUCUGAGGAUUUAGAUCUCUCCUCUUCCUCGGAGGAAGUGAAAGCUGGGAUUGAAAAUGUGAAGAGUGAAACAUUCUCAAGGGAACUGAUAGCUGAAAAGAAAGAUGAGUCGGAAGCUAACUCUCAAGAGCUGACUGAGCUUCAUCACUGGAUUAAGAAUACUUUGAUUCAGGAUGAAAGUACUUAUGAGGAAACUAAAAACAAGAUGGGAGAAGGCCUCCAGCUUGAUGCAAAGUCUAAAGAAGAGGAGUAUGGCUACAUUGUGACAGAGAAAGACCCUCUCACUGAAGAAAAGGGUUUGGAGUUAAUCAGGGAAGUUGCGGUUCUUCUGAAGCUCCAGAUGACAGCCUUUGCUGAUAUCAACAUGCUGGGGCCAGCUGUGACCUUCAAAGUGCACUCAAAUGCCCUCAAUGUCACCACAGCUGAUGUUGCCAAAGCAGCAGCUGACAACAAAGACAUGCUUGAAAAAACAACAGGACUGAAAAUUUUACAGAUUGGCAUGGGAGAGAAAAAGAAGCUGCAGCUUUUGCCCCAUCGUGCCCAGGAAGAGGAAGACACCACCAAGUUCAUCAUAUUAACACUCCUCUCCAUCGCCUGCAUUUUUGGGGUCCUUGUGGCCUCUGGGGUCAUCUACUGCCUCCGCCACGGUUCUCACCACAAACUAAAGGAGAAGUUAACUAGCCUGGGUUCGGACACCAGUUCUGAUGCCACCGCUGCUUAUCAGGAGCUGUGCCGUCAGCGUAUGGCAGUAAAAUCGUCAGAUCACCCAGAGCCUCUGCAUACUUCUCGUAUUAACAGCAUAUCUUCACAGUUCAGCGAUGGACCCAUUCCAAGUCCCUCUGCUCGAAGUAGUACUUCAUCCUGGUGUGAAGAACCAGUGCAAUCCAACAUGGACAUCUCCACAGGUCACAUGAUACUGUCCUAUAUGGAAGACCACUUGAAGAACAAGAAUCGUCUGGAGAAAGAAUGGGAAGCGCUUUGUGCUUAUCAGGCUGAACCCAAUGCAAUGACCAUUGCACACAAGGAAGAAAAUGUCCAGAAGAAUCGCUCACAAAUUGUAGUAGCAUAUGAUCACUGCAGAAUAUGUUUGAAAGCAGAAAACAGUCAUGACAAUUCAGAUUACAUCAAUGCAAGUCCAAUAAUGGACCAUGAUCCUAGGAACCCUGCAUAUAUAGCUGCUCAGGGCCCCCUGCCUUCUACCGUCACAGACUUUUGGCAGAUGGUCUGGGAAAACGGCUGUGUCGUUAUUGUCAUGCUGACACCCCUUGCUGAAAAUGGAGUCAAACAGUGCUACCACUAUUGGCCAGAUGAAGGGUCAAACCUCUACCAUAUCUACGAGGUAAAUUUAGUCUCUGAACACAUCUGGUGUGAAGAUUUCCUUGUGAGAAGCUUUUACUUGAAAAACCUUCAAACUAAUGAGACUCGGACAGUGACACAGUUCCAUUUCCUUACCUGGCAUGACCAGAAAGUUCCUGCAUCCACAAGGUCCCUUCUGGAUUUCCGCAGAAAAGUAAACAAGUGCUACCGGGGUCGUUCUUGUCCAGUAAUUGUUCAUUGCAGUGAUGGUGCUGGAAGAAGUGGAACCUACAUCCUAAUUGACAUGGUUCUCAAUAAAAUGGCCAAAGGUGCUAAAGAGAUUGAUAUUGCUGCUACUCUGGAACACUUGAGAGACCAGAGACCUGGCAUGGUGGAGACAAAGGAACAGUUUGAGUUUGCCUUGACAGCAGUUGCAGAAGAAGUGAACGCAAUACUAAAAGCACUUCCACAGUGAGCAGCUCCUUCUCCCUUGGAGGUUCCCAAAGGGGACUUUCUGUUUCAUUAUCCUUGGUCUCUGUGAAUGUUGUUGGAAACCAUGACCUGACCUUAACUGUGUGUCUGCUAUUGUAACCACAUAUUUGAUAGGGUCUUUAACAACUUCUAUUGCCAGUUAAAGUUCAACAGUUAAUGUGUAUUCUGUUCUUGUACAAUAUUCAGAAAUAAUAAUACACUGAGGCCUUGGCUUAAGUGACAAGAACAAUCCCUCUCGUUCUUUUACAACCAUGAACCCCUAAAUUUCACACGUUGAAAGCACACAUACACCUUGUUAAUAGAAACUAUGAAGUAUUGUAGUAAGCUGUACAUUCAGUGUAUCUUUGGCAACAUAGUGUUCACUUAUGUUUUUGUAACUUUUCCAGGACUGAAUAAAAGAAGCAGGAGGCCUAAUUAUUUUUUUUAAAGAAAGAAUUGGGAUUGUUCUUACAAAGGCCAGGCAAGCCCACAGAACAAUACUUGCACGUGUUAGUAAAUAUAGGUCUGACAUCUUGCUGUAACACUUCAUGCUGCGCCUUGGCGAAGUGAUGUUUCUCUUAACUGUUGUUUACUUUUCAACUUUGUGCAAUGAAUAGAAGCAGAUCUGAGCUCUGAGCUCUGAGUCCAGAGACCUACACAGUUAUUGCAUCUAUGGAGUAAAAGUCAGUCUAAGUUUCCAAAGAGCACAGAAAACUUUCAUUGUAUGUCACUGCCCUGACAGGGAAAGGAAGGCAGAAUAAUUGAACUUCAAUGGAUUUGGAAGCCCUUGGGCUUAUAGCUUAUUGAGUGAUGAUUUCUUUUUUUCUUUUUUUAAUUAGAGACGACAGUGCAUCUUUGUGUUUAUAUCUUGAGAUUAAUUUCCCUUUUUUAAUAUUCAAAUAUGCACAGUAUUUUUAAAGACCAGAAAAGAGAUUCUUCUAAUAGCUGUUCAUAUCUAAUUUAAUUGCUAACAUAUUUAUUCAAAAUUAUAACAAGCUCUUUGGUAUACUUCUUUUCUUAAAUUUACAGAAUAAUUUUAAAGAUGUCAUUCCUUGCCUCCAGUUUUUAAUUUCUUUUAAAUUUUAUUACUUGCAAGUGUGUACUUUCAAGACAGCUGUCUUUUACUAUGAAAUGGUCAAAUAAUUCCAUAUGAAUCAUGAAGAAGGGGGAUGAUCAGCCCUCUUUCCAGACUUAUUCUUUGCAUAUACACAGCAGUGUAUGAGGAGAGUUUUAUGCCUCUAGCAUUUGUUGAUUUCAAAGGGAUUAAAACAUGCUAGUGGGAUGCAUCUUCAUUUGCUUGAGCUUUGAGUUAAAUUUUAAAAAAUACUUGAAUUACUCUGUAGUAUGCUAACUACUAAUUAUUUGUUUUGAUGCUUCUGGCAGUUGUUGUGGAUUUCAUUCCAAAGUACAUGUCUAUACAUUUCUAGUCAGAUAACCUUUUUUUAAAAUGUAUAAUUUGGCUAGAACAGGAAGAGCACAGCAUCUUGUGGAUGAAAUCAUACAUUGCAAUUCUUGGACACAGUCCAAGCACAGCUGCACUGCAUCCCAUUUAUUUCAAUGGGGGUCCCAAAACCUAUCCACCAAGCCCUACUACUAUGGAUUAUUCAUUUGAUCAUGCAGUUCCCAUUGAAAUCAGAUGUGUAUCAGCAGUGUUUGGAGGACUGGAUCCAUUAUCUCCAAUGUUUAAUGUAAGCAUAAAUGAAACCUAAUAAUUAAAGUAUUGUUUCAAAAAGC